AUCGGCUCUGGCCCUUUAAAGAGCUGAACUCGACGCGCCUCGGCGGCUGCUUCUUGAGUCCCUCCUCCAAGGUGGCUGCUGGCAGUGAGGCUGAGAGAAAGAGAACUCAACAGGCAACAUGACGAUGAUUUUGGGCUACUGGGACAUCCGAGGGGUGAGUUCCUUGUGUAGAAAGCGAGGAAGAGGUCUCCCCCCUCCGCCUGCUGAGUCUGCUCUGCAGAGCCUUCCCAGGCUCUCGGUGCUCCCGCGGGGGGGGGGGGGGGGAGGCGCGCCCGUGGGUCGCCCCUGCGUAAGUCGGCGCCGUCCAGGGGCUGCUUACGCCCUCUCAACCGCGGGGAGCCUUUGGGUGCGCUCUUGGUCCCGUGGCUUCUAAGGCGAGGAGGGAGAAGUUCCCCAGAGGAGCUCGAGCCACCGUCCCGCCCCCCAGCCUUGGGAAGCUGCGCUGCCGUCGAGGCGCAGUCCUGGAGGCCCCCAGGGCAGCGGCCGGGGAAAGGCGGACGGAGCUCGGUGGAGGCCUUUUGUCUGGCUGCUCCACGUGUCUGCUGCUCCCUGCAAAAGGCCGGCAGGUCCUGCGAGACUGUUUGAGGUGCACCCCCCCCCCACGGGCCUUCGCCUUGCCUCGUUUUUCGCGCGAGCGGAGCUCGACGGGGCGCCCGCGGCGGAGGCUCGUUGGACGAGCGGUUCCCACCUGCCGAGCUCUGCUUCGUCCACGCCUACCUUGCCUGCGUGUUUUGCUGUUAGGACUCUACCGCUCUGUGCACGUGGAAGGUGGGGGGCUAGCGAUGGCGAUUAGCCACCAUGGCUGCGCUCUGCCUCCACAGCUGGAGGGAGGAAUGCUGCUGAAUAACAGUUGCAGAAAAUCACGAGUGGGCGGGGGCUGGAGAGGGCCCUGGGGCUCACAUCCCGCUUGCGGGUUUCCCAAAGGCAUCUAGGGGUCCACUAGUACAAAUUACAUUCAUUUCCCUUCUGACACAGCCUCUCCGUUCUCACUCGGGGUCAAACUCUCAGUUCACCCCCAAAUGCCUCACCAGGAGAAGAGUUCCUGGAAGCCGCGGACUUCAAGUCUCCCUCUAGACUUGCUUUUUAUGGUUAGGCCUAAGGCAGAUGGUACUUGCUGGGGUGCCCACAGUUGUGUCCCCUUCAGCUGCAUUCCCCAUUCCCAUUUCCAGGUACAGCAGGUUUGUUGAGUUUUCCAGGGGGCCCAGAGGAUGAGGAAAGCCCCCCUCCUUCACACACAGGUCUUUCUUCACCCUCUGCCCUCUCCUCCUCCGUCUUAGAUGCUGACUGCUGCUGCGAUACCUUUUUAUUGUUCUUUCCUUUUUUCCAGCUUGCCCACAGCAUCCGCUUGCUACUAGCGUACACAGACACCCCUUUUGAAGAUAAGUUUUACAGCUGUGGAGAAGGUGUGUAUUGCUAAACUUAGAAUGUACCAACCUCCUCUUAAUCAGAGUACUAAACACUUUUUAAAAGCUGCUGCUUUAUUAAUGUUUCCUGGUGGGGCAGAGGCAGUUUGCCUUUGGGCAUUCUGAACAAGAGUUGGUAGGGAAAGUGUUUUGCUUGUGCUUAUGUCAGCCAGUUAUUUGAAAUGCCCAAAGUUGCAUUUUUGCAACUACGUUAAACUUAAGUACUACAAUCUGAAGGUUUGUGAAGUUGCUGGAAGGCUCUGUGUGUGUGUUGAUGAAGGGCUUGUAACACUCAUGCAACUGUUGAAGGGAAAGAUAAUAUUUAAUAUAUCGGUUUGCUUAUUGUUAUGUAAUUGUUACAUAAUAUUUAUAUAUGUUGCAUUACACACCACCAUAUAUUUCUAAAUGGCUACCAGAUGUUGUUUGGAGGAAUAUUCCUAGAACUGUGUGUGUGGUGACUCUGUUCAAGAGUAAUAAAGGGGCAAAAUUAAACUAACUAAAUCUUGGUUCUCCCACACCCAAGUGUGGAUAUCUAAGUUUGGUUUCUGUGGUCUGUACUUGCCCUAACAAGCAACAGGAAACUAAAUGAUUCAAAUUCCCACUUAUUGCCACAACAUUUGAAUCACCAUGGUGCGUAGAAUGGAGGCACAUACCAUGAAUGCAAAGGUGUAUUAGAGGCUGCUGUUACCAAACCGUCACAAUGAGCUUUUCAGGGUGAUUGUGAAAGUAAAUUUUAUCUUGAGUGCUAUAUUGCUAGCUCACUCUGGUGUCUUUAGCUUAAUCCCCUGCAUUUGUGUGUUUGCACAUGAGAGAGUGACAGAGAGCACAGGGAGAGCAUAACUGCAGGGACAGUACCUCUUCAGUGGCUUUUUCUCUGCAAGCUUCCCAUAAGUUAAGGAUGGAUGAAUAUUCCAACAGUAGCUUUGCACAGUAUGGGAGUAUGCAACCACCAAGGUCAUAUUUAGAAAUGAUUUCAGUACCCCAAAUCUUUGGGGUACAUGCCAUCUUUGUGUUUGUUUCAGUAUUAAGAUGAGCUCAUGCACUAGAGUGCAGUCUAUGCGCCACUCAAUUGGUCCACAUUUCCUGCUUGUCUUAGUGGAUGGUGAUGGGGGUUAUUUUGGUUAUGCACAGCUGGUGGGAAGUGGACAAUGGGGGGAAAAGGCAACGGCCCUUUCCAGAGUCACUUCUUGAAUCUGCUUGAUUUCCUACAAAGAAGCUGAGGAUGUGGCCAGAUGCCACUGCCUCCAAGUUUAGAGUUUUCCCUCUGUUGUAACACAGUUAACAAUUAACAGCUGGUUCAAAAUGUGCCAGCCGGGUAACUGACUUGAGUUCUAUUUAGAACUCUUAUAACCCCAUUUUAAGCCAGCAGCAGCAGCAGCCAGUUUGUUUCCAGGUCCAGUUCAAAGUGCUCAAAUUAGUGUUUAAAACCUGGAAUGACUUAGGCCACAUUCCUUGUGUUAAUUGGGAAUGUUCAGGGAGAAGUUUUCCUAACUGUAAAAUACUAGACAUUUGAGUGCUGGGAGAUGGAGAUCUUAUAGCAGAAGCACCAUCUUGAGGCAGAUAUUUGAAAAUGUGUAACAGCAAGAAUUAAUUGUGCUUAUAAACCCUGGUUGUCCAGACAAGCCUUGAGCACAAUGGAGGCUUUGUCUUAUAAUCCGCAUAGCUCAGAACUUGCUGUUUUCCUCUUAACUGCAUCUUCAUUUUGUGAAGCAAUUUCUUGAAACCGGCAGAAUGCCCCAACGGUUUCUUAGGAUCUAGAAUGAAAAUAUAAAAAUAAGCCAGAGAACUGCUCCAUGUAACUUUCAGAGAUACUUCUCUGAAUGGAUCCUAGCAAGAUGGACAAGUAAAGUGUGGGAAAGCAAUUCAGAAUGCUUGCCUGAACUUGUGCCCUUGACUUGAACAGGGCUUGCUAUAACUCAGCAAGGCCCAGAUCUAUCAGCCUCUGUAGAAAAAUAUCCCUCAGAAUGCUCUCACCAAGCUAACUCAGAAUUAAAUCUUGCUGAAUUGUCAUUGGACUUUGUCCUAACCGCUUUCCUUGGGACUGCAACCUUAGCCACAAAUUCAUGGUGUGUGCGCGCGCAUGUGCGUGUGGCAUUUCUUAAACGUUGAUUGCCUUGCCUGUGCAAAGGAGAGUGACUGAGCAAAUUUUAUGUGCAGGAAGUGAAAAUGCUCUCUCUCUCUUCCAGCCCCCGACUAUGACAGGAGCCAAUGGUUCAGUGAGAAGGAGAAGCUGGGCCUGGACUUCCCUAAUGUAGGUCACUGUCUUUUUCUAUCAUAUGACAGGUGGGAAGAGGAAUGUGCCUGGGUUAUCCAGAUGUUCUGGAGAUUUGGUGGAGGAAUGUGCCUUUCUUCCUUGCGGUACUCCUCUGUAAGGCCUUGGGUUGGGAAGCAGUGGUUGAGGAAUGAGUGUGAGUAGAGUGAAUGGGGGUGAUUAAUGGUGGAAGCACAAAGUUUCAAGCUGAUUUGUCUUUAAGCUGAUCAUUCUUUGCUUACUUUCCAGCUUCCUUACCUAAUUGAUGGCAAGACCAAGCUUACGCAGAGUAAUGCCAUUCUCCGGUACAUUGCACGUAAACAUAAGCUCUGUGAGUAAAAUUGAGUUCUUUGGGGGACCUGGGCUGGCUGAUUGGCAUCGGCUUCUUUCUGUCUGUCUGGGAUUUCUCAUUGUCGUGUGUUUUCUCCAGGUGGAGAAACAGAGGAGGAGAUUGUCAGAGUGGAUAUGCUGGAGAAUCAGGUGAUGGAUUUCCGCAUGAGCCUCGUGAUGGUCGUGUACAACGCUGAUUUUGUGAGUUCACCUGCCUCUGUUGUUCACAGCUGCUGUUGCAUUGUGGGGAUUUUUAUAGGACAGGGGGUGUCAACUCAGUGCCUGCAGAUGCCCUAGGCCUCGUGCUUGCAAAAGCUCUCACUGGUGCUGCCCCAGACUCUGAGCUUUCUAGGGAAAAAAUGUAAGUCUCUAGCACUCCUAGAUGGGGCAAAAUGUGCAGGUACUUUCUAAGCAAUUUCUGUGAAAUUAUUAUUAUUGAUUAACUUUAUAUACCACUCUUCAUCUGUAGAUUUUAGGGAGAUGCACAAGAUAAAAAUGCAGGAUAAAAGCACCAAAACAAAACAAUAACUCCCCUCCCACAUACACAUUUAAAAGGCUGUAGAAUCUUAGCCAAAGGCCUGGUUGAAGAGAAACAUUUUCACCUGGUGCCUAAAAAUAUAUAAUGAAGGUGCUAGGCAAGCCUCCCUGGGGAGAGCAUUCCACAAACGGGAAGCCACUGCAGAAAAAGCCCAUUCUUGCGUUGUUACCCUCUGGACCUCUCAAGGAGGCACAAGAAGAAGGGCCUCAGAUGAUGAUCAGGUUCUGGGUUGGUUUAUAUGGGGAGAGGCGGUCCUUCAGGUAUUGCAGGCCUGAGAGUGAGUGUGGUGUGAUGACCUUGUAUAUUUUUCUGGUGCUGGGUAGUGCUCCUUGUUGUUAUUAGACAGCCUCAGUGUAUCUCUCUGUGUAAAAUCAAUAUUGUGUGAUCCCACAAUUGGGACUGGCAGGAGAUUGCUGAUUUCCAGUGAAAGCUUAAGCUUGUUGCAGGUGGCUGCCUCUAAUUUUGUGUUAUGCCGUGCCCCCAUUGCAGCCAUAUUGUGACGGGUGUUCCCAGCACUCUCUCAAAAUGUGCCCACUGUUCCAAAAAGGUGAUUGGCCCCUGUUAUAGGCUGUCUCCAAAAGGAGAGUGAGUCACACUGUAUAGAGUGAGCAAUGUUUCUUUCACCAAAUGCAUGAAAGUGACAGAAGUAUGUGUCUCUUCCAAGAUCUCGAACUGUUUUUUGGACUACAACUCCCAUGUUGCCUAGCUAACAGGACCCCAGUGGUCAGGGAUGAUGGCAAUUGUAGUCUUCAACAGUUGGAGACCCAAGUUUGGGAAACACUGGUCUAGAACAUAUUUCUAGAAACCUUGCUAGAGAUGGGACGUGUGUGCAGGUGCGUGCAUUUGUGUGGGAUUCACACUUCACAAGCAUUUUCUACAUGAAACACCAAGGUACACAAAGCAACAGCAUUUGCUGCGUAAAUGUGAAUCUGCUCACAGAACAGCGUUUUUACAUUUCUCCUGUUGGUGUUAUGGCGAUUGAUAGAGUUUGGCUCAAGGAAAGUGAAAAAAAUCUCCAUAAGGCGGCUCUUCUAAAUGUAAAGGUAUCCCUGCCCGUACGGGCCAGUUGUGACCGACUCUAGGGUUGCGCGCUCAUCUCACUCAAGAGGCCGGGAGCCGGCGCCGUCCGAAGACACUUCUGGGUCACGUGGCCAGCGUGACGAAGCUGCUCUGGCGAGCCAGCACCAGCGCCGCACACGGAAACGCUGUUUACCUUCCCGCUAUAAAGCGGUACCUAUUUAUCUACUUGUACUUAGGGGUGCUUUCGAACUGCUAGGUGGGCAGGAGCUGGGACCGAACGACGGGAGCUCACCCCGCCGCGGGGAUUCGAACCGCUGACCUUACGAUCAGCAAGUCCUAGGCACUGAGGUUUUACCCACAGCGCCACCCACCUCUUCUAGGUCAUGCCUAAUAACUUCUUGUUUUCCUGACAUAUUACUCCUUGAAGGCAAGAUGCCAUCCUGCCUUGUUCUCUGAUAAUUCUUGCACUGACAGCAUCUAAUUCAUAGGUUGUUGGAUGGAGGGGAGUUAUGCUGAACUUUAGCUGAGAACACGGAUCCAGUCUUCCCCCUUGCUUGUUUUGCAGGAGAAACUAAAACCUGGGUACUUGGAGCAACUGCCAGGAAAGCUGAAACUGUUCUCAAAGUUCCUAGGGGACAGAAAGUGGUUUGCUGGGGACAAGGUAUGUGCAUGUCCACCUAGAGGCAUCUGAAGGCAGGCUUGCUCCCUUUGGUGUCUCACUUUUGAGUCUCUUUCCAGAUCACCUUUGUUGACUUCCUCAUGUAUGAUGUCCUCGACCAAAACCGCAUGUUUGAACCCAAGUGCCUUGAUCAGUUCAAGAACCUUCAGGAUUUUGUCUCCCGUUUUGAGGUUAGUGUUGUCUUCCCAAAACGUGCUUGCUUGCAGGUCUUUGCCUGCAUCUUGUGACUUGGCUCAUUAGCUUCUGGCAAGAAGCCACAAACUGAUUGACUACAAAGUUCCAAACUGGCUAGAGCAACUGUCCAAGUUGGCACAAACAGGAAUUUGCAAGAAACAUUUGUCUGUUUCCUUUUUUGCACAUAAAGGCCAGGGUUCUGAAACGUGCUUUGCUUCAGAGGGAGAUGGUGGCAAUUUCCCAUUCAUCCAUUAUUUCAUAUGUUCCUAGAUGUGACUGGUAGCAAGGCAGUGGGUGCUAGCAAUUAAUUGACUCUGCUGAAAGGUCUUCACUAACAUCUUUGUGGGCUAUGAGAGAGAGGUUUUGUUUGUGUUCUUGCCCAUCCUGUGUGAUGAUAUAGAUACUGCGGGAGCUCCUUCCUUCAUGAAGUGAUGGAUUGCUCCAGAAGCCUCCUGGAAUGUCUUAUUUUGUACCAGAUGGCUUAGCCCAGAGAUUCAGAUGCUUCCUGGUCAAAUUGAUUGUGACUGGAGUUCCUCAGCACUGUCACAGCAACACAGCUGGGUCAUGUUGAGCUCAGUAGGUGAACACUUUGGCUGCUGUUGUUUUACACAUGUAGCUUUUGAAAUGCAUAGGGGGUUGUUUCUCAGUGUUUUUGUACAUAGCGGUUUGCUUUUGUACACACCUUUGCACCAUAGGAUCGUGUCAAGGGGCAGCUGCUAUCGGUGUUGUCUGUACACAUGGUUGGACCUGUCUUCAGACUACUGUGCAAUGUAUUUCUCUAUUCUCCUCUCAACUAGAAGAGACAAAUAUAUUCUGCUUCCUAUUUUGCCAAUCUCCUUUAGAGACGAGAUAAAUGCAUUGAAGGAGAAUGGCAAUCACCUACAGUAUCAGUAGGCCAGCCCCAACAGGAGAUGACCUGAGAAAGAGCUCUCUGUGUACACAUGUACACACGUAGAAUGUGCUUGAGAAGUGCAUUCUCAGCACAAAGCUAGUUAUAAUCAUCCCAGCAGAAUGUGCAUUAGAUUGUCAAACAAUGUAGGACAGGGACAACAUGGGGAUUAUAUUGUGUGCAAUUAUUAUUAUUAUUAUUAUUAUUAAUUAUACCCCACCCAUCUGGCUGGGUUUCCCCAGCCACUCUGGGUGGCUCACAGCACAUAUCAGAACAUACUUAAAACAUUAAAAACUUUCCUAAACAAGGCUGCUUUCUGAUGUCUUCGAAAAGUCAGAUAGUUGUUUAUUUCCUUGACAUCUGAAGGGAGGGUGUUCCACUGGGAGAGCGCCACUACUGAAAAGGCCCUAUGCCUGGUUCCCAGUAACCCCACUGCUUGCGGAGAGGUAACUGCCAGAAGGCCAUCAGAGCUGGAUCUCAGCGUCCGGGCUGAAUGAUGAUACCUGAAGGAGUGGGACUCCUUCAGGUAUACUGGAACGAGGCUGUUUGGGGCUUUAAAGGUCAGCACCAAUACUUUGAAUUGUGCUCAGAAACAUACUGGGAGCCAAUGUAGGCCUUUCAGGACUGGUGUUAUGUAGUCUUGGCGGCCACUCCCAGUCACCAGUCUAGCUGCCACAUUCUGGAUUAGUUGUAGUUUCUGGGCCACCUUCAAAGGUAGCCCCACAUAGAGUACGUUGCAGUAGUCUAAGCAGGAGAUAACCAAAGCAUGCACCACUAUGGUGAGACAGUCCAUGGGCAGAUAGGAUCUCAGCCAGUGUACCAAAUGGAGCUGGUAGACAGCUGCCCUGGACAGCUGUGAGUCCAAAAUGACAGUGCCCCCCCCAAAGAUGCCUACAUCCAGCCUUAAACGCACAUUACCACACAGGGUGUACACACUUAAAAUAUGGGAACUAAAAUAUGGGAACUAAGGUAAGCCAACCAACCAUGAAGAAUUGUGUGGUAGCCAAUGCUAUUCCUACCCAGACUAGACCCACUGAAGUUAGUGCGCAUGACUGACUUGGGCUUAUUAAAUUCAGUGGGUCGUCUCUGAGUUAGAACUAGCAUAGAAUACAACCUGUGGCCUUCAUUUAUCACCUACCAUUAAAGAAAAGUUUAACAAAGGAACAUUAAAAAAAAAAAAAUUCAGACUUGCCAUUUUGGCAUGAGCAAAACCAGUGCCAGUUGAGAGCAGUAUCAGUUUUCCUAAGGCUUCUUCAACUUUUGUCUUACUGAGGUGGAUUCUUUCACCCACAUCCUUUCCUAAAAACAUUCUUUUUCUGCACCUCCAGGCCCUAGAGAAGAUUGCUGCCUACAUGAAAUCCAGCCGCUUUAUGAAGACUCCCAUUAAUAACAAGAUGGCUAAAUGGUGUAACAAGAAAGAGUAGAUGAAGAAUAAAAAUUUCCUUGCUGCUGCUAGACAAGAAGACUUCUUUUUGCCUUGAGUAGAGCUGAUUGGAUUGACUAAAGGCUGGCACACACCCCCCCCCCGGAAUGUAGUACUCUUUCUAUAGAAUGGUUGGAAACUAUUCUGUAUUUUUAAAGCUGUAGUAGCCAAUAAAGAAUGAUAAUUCUUGUUCUGUUGAAUGUGCCAUCAUACCUUUAUUGGCCAUUAAUGUGUUGCUUUUAUCUUGCUGUUCUGAGUGGUUGUAUGAACAUGUCUUGCCCAUCUGUGGAAGAAGAGGGUUGACAUUUCUGUUAAAGGUAAAGGGACCCCUGACCAUUAGUUCCAGUCGUGACCGACUCUGGGGUUGGGGCGCUCAUCUCGCUUUACUGGCCGAGGGAGCCGGCGUACAGCUUCCGGGUCAUGUGGCCAGCAUGACUAAGCCGCUUCUGGCGAACCAGAGCAGCGAUCGGAAACGCCGUUUACCUUCCCGCCGGAGCGGUACCUAUUUAUCUACUUGCACUUUGACGUGCUUUCAAACUGCUAGGUUGGCAGGAGCAGGGACCAAGCAACGGGAGCUCACCCCAUCAUGGGGAUUCAAACCGCCGACCUUCUGAUCUGCAAGUCCUGGGCUCUGUGGUUUAACCCACAGCGCCACCUGCGUCGCUGACAUUUCUGUUGGUCUCCUGCUAAUUUGAGGUCUAGUGGCAUUCUUUAUAUUCCUCUUCUGAAUGCUUUCUUUUCUAGAGAAGGAUUCCCUCCCUAGAGUGAGGCUGUUUGGGUUAAGAUUUGGCUGCAGGUGCAAAUGUAGCUUGUAGGGUUAUUUUGUUGCUAAAUCUAACCUACGGUGAGAUAAGAGCACAUGCCUAGUAGGAAGUACACAAUUUUCACAAAUAUUUUUGAAAAGGUUCUGGACCAGUAGUUACUAUACAGCAAAAACACAAGCAGUUGUGACACAUUAAAGAUUAAAAUUUAUUGGGUAGUUUGACACAAAUGGAAACAUUUAGGAACUAGUUGUAAAACAUUCAAUUCUCGCAGUGAGCUCCUCCACUCACCUUGAAAGUUCAUGUUUUCCCAUCAAAAAUGGUACUGGGACACUAGGACAUAGCUCUAACUUAAGAAAAGUUUGAUUCUUUUUCUGGGAGACUAAAUCAAGAAUGUUUAGUUGGUCAUAACACAGCCUUCCUAAACUUGCUACACUAACGUACUGCUGUGCUAAUUUGUCCUACUCCUUAUCUUGCAUAUAUUUUGAGAUUUGCACAGAAAUUGCAUUGACAAUACCUCUUAUUUUAUGGCAUUACAGCCCCACUAUUUACAAUUUUUUGUAUGCACACAGCUGCAGAGGAAAACACUUCACCUUCUUGAAAAUGGAAAAUCAUUAACAUGUUCCUAUUAUGAUAAUUAUGUAGUGGUUAAAGAUGGCUGCUCUGGUGGAUCAUCCUGUCAAGAGAAGCAAGGAGAGAGGAGUUGGUGCUGGAUAAUCUCUAAUCAUUACAUUUACCACAUUUACAAACCUCUAACCUCUAAGAAGCUUGAGGUUAUAUUUCAGAAUUGCUUACUUUAUCCUUCAUAAUUGUUGAGCUUGAUAACAGUGACUUUUCCCCAAGUGCUUCCCCAUAAACUCUGUACUAGAUGAUGGGGCUAGAUGAUGAUUUGGUCCCUGGAGCCAAAAAGGUUUCCCACCCCCAGUCUUAAAAGUGAGACAAUCCUAAAACUGACACAUUUAGUGCAUAAGAGUGGGUCACUGGUCUCUUUGUCAGCUUUCUGUGGGGCUUGAAGAGAGAGAAGCUGGUGCAGGAAUGCAACAAGCUAUGCCUAUGCUAUCCCCCUGAAUUAAGGAACUUGCUGUAUAGGAACAUAACACAAGUAGAAAACCCCUAUGUUCUACUUGUGUAUAUCUCCCUGAAUGAAGCACCCAUGGUGUUCCUAUAGUCAGGUGCCAACUUGAAUAAAAUAUUGGGACGCCCUGUGUAAUCGAUCAAGAGACACACUGCUCACACACCAUUUGAAUGGCAGUGCCCAUCAACUUUGGGGGGGGGGGCAAAGGGACCUCGGCCCCUAGGAGUUGGGUCCUAUGCCUACAUUCAUCUCCACCAGGGAGAAACUGAGGCAAUGGGAAACUGCGUAGCCUGUGCAAGAACACAAUGGCAUUGUGGCAUUGUAUCCAGUCAAAUAUUGCCUACAGGAGGGGAAAGGGGACUGGCUUUCAGCCUGAAGGCCAGGUUCCAUCAUGAGAAACUGUCUGGCGACUACAUACCAAUGGUGAGCUGGCCAGAGGCAAAAGUGGGUAGAGAAACAGGCAUGGCUCUUAACAGUGAAAACAGACUCUGACCAUAAAGGUUGAGAGGUUUUCACAUGCACCCAUGCAUAUCUCUCUAUCCUCUGUCCAGGCAAGUGAGAGGCAUCACCACAAUCCAAGGACUAUUCCAGCCAGGCAAAAACACUCAAGGAGGGUGCAAAGCAGCCUGAGGGGUGUGUGGCCUGGGAAGAGGCCACCCUAUAGCAUACUUCUUGCCACAAGACAGAUGAGUGUUCUGUUGGAGGGUGUCUUACCUACAGUGCUGAUUUAAUGGUUGAAAGCAUGAGAAAGACUCUUCCUCCUUCUUCCGGGCAAACUGCUUUCAGCUCCUCUCUGCUCAGUGACAGAAUCUGGUUUCCGUCAAGGACUCCAAGGGCCUUCACUGUACUGUUGAAAGAUGAAGGAAGAAGGGAAAGUGUUGUUGGGAUUCGCAGGAUGCUGAGUAAGUCUGCAGGCUUCAGCUUGCAACAGGCUGAUGCAAUACUCUGUGAAGUGCUGGGUCAGAAUGACUCAGCAGUAACGUGAUUGGCUGUCACCUGUUUUAAAAGAAAAGCCUGUUCAACAGUAAUUGUGGUGCUGUGGCGGAGUGGUGUAGAUGAGUGUGGAGUCCUCUUUUGCCUCAAGGUGCAGGUACUCUGUCUGAACUGCUUCUGUAAAUAUUUGUAUAUAUAUUUGGCUCACAUUAAACAAUACUGCACU